AUGCCAGACCUCUCUGUACCACCAAACCUACCCAUUCAUCUGCGAAACCAGAUAAGUGAACUGGUUAGAGAUUAUAAGGAGGAGAAUUUAACAUUGAAAGGUUAUGAAGCUAAACGUAAGCAUCUUCUAGACCAAUAUGCUAAUGGGCAACGCUUCCCUCUUGCACCAUUACGUUCGCCAACAAGAAGACCACCCGCAUUUCACAAGAGAAAUCAAAGUUGGGGUUCUUCAAUAUGGUCGCAUGGUGGGUCUUUUUUUAAUGAUACAAAUUCUAUUGCAUCUUCGGUAUACCAGGGGAAUCCUGCCGAUCAUAACAGUGAUGGCGGUUCAGAGGCUCCAUACAUGUUUCAAAGGGGACAAAGUGGUCGGCAAUCAGUUUACAGAGUUACUACGGUAAAUUCUAAUUCAGGCUAUUCAACACCAAGAGCAAGGCAUAAUGAAUCAAGUGUCCAUUUAUCAAUUCCCUCGAACGAAAUCUCAGGAGUUCCAUAUAAUCCAAUGAUACCGCUAUUACCAAGGGAGGAGAAUCCAACGAAUUCGGAUUCAUUAACAUCAGUGCUGAGAGGGAGAUUUGAAAAUUAUCCUGGUGAAACUGCUAUGAUCAGCGUUAAUGAAAAGGGUAAAGAAACAUAUAUAUCUUGGGAUAAAUUGUAUUUGAGAGCUGAGAAAGUUGCACACAUUUUGAGUAAGGAAAAACUUUACAAAAUGGAUAAAGUAUUACUGUGGUAUAAUAAAAACGAAAUAAUUGAUUUUACCGUUGCACUGCUGGGAUGCUUCAUUGCAAGUAUGGUUGCAGUGCCAGUUUCGUUUGAAAUUUACUCACUGGGGGAAAUUACAGAAAUUAUAAAAUUGACAAGUUCCAAAUCAGUUUUAAUCUCUGAGGACUGUUACGAGCAAUUGGAAAACUUAUAUUCCACAUCAAAUCAUAAUAGAAUUAAAGUGAUUAGAAGUGAAUUUUUCUCACAGAUUUCAUUUAUAAAGACUGACGAUUUGGGCCAAUAUUCAAAGGCUAAAAAGACUACACCAACUUUUGAUAUACCGAACAUUUCAUACAUCGAAUUUACUAGGACACCUCUGGGUAGAUUGUCUGGUGUAGUAAUGAAACACAAGAUUCUUUCCAACCAGAACAACAUUUUUACAAAUAUUCUAAAUUCAAGAGCCAUGCCCCAUUGGAAAAAGGGUAACGUUAAAAAGGCAUUCAAAAAGAGAGAUUCCUCCGAGAGAUAUAACAUCUUAAACAGUUUGGAUCCUACAAGAUCCACGGGGCUCGUGCUGGGGGUUUUCUUUAACAUUUUUUCAGGAAAUUUAUUAAUCUCUGUGGAUCAUCGUUUAUUACAAAAGCCUGGUGCUUAUGAAAAUCUGAUAGAAAAAUAUAAAGCUGACAUUCUGCUCAACGAGCAAUUGCAGUUAAAGCAAGUGGUCAUCAAUUAUUUGGAAGAUCCUCAAUCUACCAUAUCCAAAAAGCAUAGAAUCGAUUUAAGCUGUAUCAAAUGUUGCUUGACGUGCUGUACCACUAUCGAUACGGAUGUGUUGGAUAUGAUUGUACAGAAAUGGCUGAAGAAUUUGGGUUGUAUCGAUGCAUCAACGUGUUAUUCUCCAAUUUUAACUCUGCCUGAUUUUGGUGGUGUUUUCUUAUCAGUUAGAGAUCAACUAGGAAAAUUGGAUAAUUUUCAAAUUCAUGAAUCUAAAUUACGUUUGCAGGAUGAAUUAUUUAUUAAUAAGGAAAAAUUGAGGGGCAAUAUCGUGGAACCAAGCAUUACCGCUAUGAUUAAUUCUUCGAGUUCAUUUAAAGAUUACUUGAGAGUAACUUCCUUUGGAUUCCCCAUUCCUGACGCAAUGCUUUGUGUGGUAAAUCCAGACGACAACACAUUAGUGCCUGAUUUAACUGUUGGUGAAAUUCUCGUUCGUUCUGAUAGUUUAACAGACGAGUUUUAUCAAAUGGAUCGUGUUAAUAAUUUUGUAUUCAAGGCCAGAUUAAAUUAUCCAAAGAUGUACAGCUUCCUUACAAGUGAAAUCACUUCACCGACAGCAGGUGACAGGUUAUCAACCAUCAUGAACAUUUGUCCGUCCACGAUUUUCUUUUUGAGAACGAAAUUGAUGGGAUUCGUGCAUAAUGGUAAGAUCUAUGUCUUGUCCAUGGUAGAGGACAUGUUUUUGCAAAAUCAAUUGAUCAGGCUACCCAAUUGGGCCCAUACCUCCGAUGUGAGAAAGGCAAGGAAACCCAGUUCAGAAGGUGAUAAAGGCUCUGAUACAAUGUCCUUGGCUAGCACAAAUUUGAAAACUGGAAAGGAUGAGAAGGACAUUAGACGUGUUGUACAGACAUAUUAUUUGCAGCAAGUCACUGAAACACUUGUCCGUACUGUCAGUACUGUUUAUGAAGUUUCUGCUUUUGAAUUAAAUCACAAUAAGGAUGAGCAUUUCUUGGUGGUCGUCGUGGAGAGUAGUUUAUCGAAGCUGCCAACGUCUCAUAGUACCUCGGUUACAGAAGCUGAAUCUCAAAAGAAAACCACGGAAAAAAAGAUGAAUGAGCUAAUUGAUCAAGUUUAUAGGAUUUUAUGGAUUUUCCACAAAAUUCAACCGACUUGUGUUAUGGUUGUACCCUUAGAAUCCCUACCCAGACGCUAUUGCUCCUUAGAAAUUGCUAACAGCACUGUGGAGAAGAAGUUUUUGAAUGGUGAACUGCCGGCUACUUUCGUCAAAUUUCAGUUUGAUAACGUUAUUUUGGAUUUUGUCCCUCAUUCUGUUUUUUACAACGAAAGUAUCUUCUCUGAGCACUUGUCUAACAUGAGAAGGACAGCAUUUCUAGAAGAAUAUCGUGCAACCCAUCCAAAUUUUUCAUUGGAUCAACAAUAUCCGUUGCCUGAUGAGACACCUUGGCAAUCCUCUGGGAUAGAUUACCGAGAGACUUCAAUUGACUUAAGAACCCAUAAGAGUCUCGCUUCUUUUCCUAGUAUUCUGGAUAUUUUGGAAUGGAGAAUUAGAGAAACCGGUAAUGAAUUUGCCUUUAGCGAUGGCGUGACUAUUGGUUACUCUUCAAACAACGAAAAUGCACACAAGAAAGUAUCUUGGAAGGCGUUUGAAAGAAUCAUAGCAGCCUUUUUAAAGAAAAUUGUAGAAUCCAAGACUCCACUUAAACGUGGUGAUAAAGUGGUCAUCGUGUGUGAGAAUUCAGUGGAGUACACCGCUAUUGUUAUUGCAUGCAUGUAUUGUAAUCUAGUGAUUAUACCAUAUCCCAUCUUUAGAGAAGAAAAUAUUGAAGAAGACGUGUCUUAUCUGGUUAAAGUGAUUAGGGCUUAUGGUGUCAAGAGAAUUUUCAUGGAUUUAACCACUCAUAAUAUUUUUGAGGAUAACCCCAUAUUGACCAAAAUUUUGAAGAGAUGCAAACAUGAUAUUCCCAAGAUUACUGUGUUUUCCAAAGUAAAGAAGAAGAAUAAUCUCACCAUCAAUAUGUUUGCUUCUCAAUUACGCACGAAAUUUGGCCCUAAACCAGGGUUGAACCAUAAUAGUCACCCCUGUGUCAUUUGGAUUGAUGAUGAAUUUGACAUCAAAAAGGAUAUACACGUUGUGAUGAAUCAUGCUUCACUGAUGAACUCUUUGAAAAUUUUAAAGGAAACUUUAGGCUUGAGCAGCGAGAACCCAAUAUUCUCUCUUUGCUCUUACACAGUUGGAAUGGGAUUUAUGAUGAGCUGUAUGGUGGGAAUAUACGUCGGUUGUACGACGAGUUUGUUCUCUUUAGAUGAAGUAUAUUCAAACCCCAGCGGGUUCUUGAUCGGUCUUCAAAAUAUGAAUGUUAAGGAUUUAUACUUAAACUUUGAGACCUUUUGCAUAUUAACGGAGAAGGCCAACGAGUUGGUGGAGGGAAACAAGGGUAAAUUAAGCUCUUUGGAGAAAAGCUCCAAGAAGCAUACACCAACUCCUACUUUAUUGAAGCCGGAUUUUUUGAGAAAUGUACAAAACCUUAUGAUUCCAUUUUCUGGUAGGCCUAAUACGAAAAGGAUAGAAGAAUUGUUACGUAGAAAUACGAACAUCACAAUUAGUAGGGCACAGAUAAACUACCUUUACCGGAAUCAUUUGAAUCCUCAUAUUUCUUUGAGGUCAUAUCUUGGAUCACCUCCUGUGGAUAUGUAUUUGGACUCAAUCGCCCUACGAGAAGGUAUCAUUAAAACGGUAAAUCCUGCUGAAGUGUCACCUCGUGGAUAUAUCCGUGUACAAGAUUCAGGUAUUGUGGCUGUAUGCACAGAUGUCUCCAUUGUGAAUCCAGAAACUAAUCUUCCAUGUAGUAAUGGAGAAUUGGGUGAAAUAUGGUGUUGUUCUGAAGGAAAUGUACAUGACUAUUAUAUCUGCCAAGAUGCAAAUGAUGUUACAGGUAAGCCGACUUUGACAAAUGAUCCAUUUAUUACAAACCAAUUCAAGAGCAAACUCCAGACGGAUGUAGAUAAUGGUCUUACAUAUUUGAGGACAGGUGAUCUAGGAUUUAUUAAAAGAGUGACUUGCGCGGACUCAGCAGGUAACUCUCUUGAUUUGAACCUGUUGUUCGUUCUGGGUAGUAUUAAUGAGACGGUGGAAAUCUUGGGAUUGGCCCAUUUCGUUAGAGAUUUAGAGAAAACCAUUAGACAUACUCACCCAAGUAUUCAAAAAUGUAUUGUUUCCAAAGCUGGUGGUUUACUUGUAUGCCUUGUCAAAUGCCGUGAUAAUUCUAAUGCUAAAUUUGCUAAUCUUGCGGCACUGAUUGUCUCAGAACUAUUAAAGAAUCACGGUGUCAUCCUGGAUCUAUGUGCAUUUGUUAGUCAAGACCCAUCUCAAGUUAAUCUUCCUAGCGAAUGGGAUAAAAACAGACUUACCGUAAUGGAGUCAUGGCUGGACCAGAAAUUGAAGAUAGAAGCCCAAUUUGGGAUCAAUUACGGUGAAAACAUUUCCAUCUACCUUUUAUCAGAAUUUGAGAGGAACAGCUGA